ACCGGCUGUCCCGCCUCACCCUAACAGGAGAAGGGGGUGCACCUGCUGACUCUUGGCAUCAUGCAGCCAUGGUACUAACCAGAUUGUUCGCCUGGUGGGAUAGAUAUCGUUCAAAGCACUUAUCGUGGUGCACAUUCUCAUGCACGAGGGCAACGGCGCUGUGAUCUACGACUACCUUGUUAGCCACCCGAACGCUCUAGACAUGACCCGCUUCCGCGACCGCCACGGCACAAAAGGUGUCUCGGCGUUUGAACAGAGCAAGAAUGUCCGCACGUACGCCUCGUAUCUCAACGACAAGGUUCUGGCCUUCAAGGCGAUUCGCCUUGACCAUGUGGCAGCAAAGAAUCCGGCUGGCUCGCAGAUCUACGCAAAGAAUACGACGGACGUGAAGUUUCUCCUUUUGGAGGUGUCCACAGUGCAGAAGCAGCUCCACUCGGUGCUGAAGAACCGCUUCGAUUCGGACACCCUGGACAACGAGACCACAUUCUCUGCCUUCCGGUACUGCCUGCGCGACAUGCUCAAGCUGUUCCAGGUUAUGAACCUUGGUGUCAUGAAGAUGCUAAAGAUCUACUUUGAGGUACGCGAAGACGACAUGCGGCGUUCGCUGGAUCUCUACAAGCGCUUUGUCAAGCUGACUGACCGCGCUGACGAGUAUCUAAAGAUCGCGCGCCGCUUUGAGGCCAUAUUCGGCUUCACCAUUCCGAACCUGACCCAUGCGCCGCUGUCGCUGUCCCGCGCGCUCGAGGACUUUUUGAACAUGUCGGCGGACGAGCGCACCAGCACCGUGGGCGAGAUGAAAAAGCAUGCAAAGAAGCCCACGUCACCGCAGCCUGCCGACGAGACCGCUCCUGCCAAUGCGCCCCGGGCCAUGUCGCGCACUGGGACUUCCGGAAGUAGCACAGCAGCGCGCAAUAAACCCGAUUACGGCCUGCGGCUGAAGCCCGAGCUGACGGCAAUGUCAGGCAACUCUGCGGCAUCGCCGAUCCCGGCCAAGACCACGACGACGCCAACAUCGAUGACAGCGGGCACCGUGCGGACUCCGCGGGACAACUCCACGAGUAGCCAGUCGAAGCGGCCACCCGAGGCAAAGAAGGAAGCGGUAGCUGAGAAAGAUUUUAUCGACUUCUUCUCGAGCCUUGACGACGAGACUGUUGCUGCUACUGACAACACCAUCAACGUUCACGAGCAGGUGGCCGUAUCGGCAGGCACUGGUGUUGAUCUGUCGCUGAUGCAGCAGCAGCAGCAGCAGAUUGCAAGCAAUGCCAACGAUCUGGAGGCCAUGUUCCAGGCUCUUAGCAAUCCGUUUGCAGCGCAAAACAUAGGCACGCCGGCAGCAACCACUGGCGGUGCCAGCGAUAGCGGACAGCAGCAGGCGUUCUUUAGCAUGGAUCAGAACCAGAGCGCUGUGGCGUUCCAGCAGCUGCCCGCUGCAUCGUCGCCCUUUGGCGCUGUCAGCAAUAAUCUGGCUGGUGUGCAGUCGACGCCGCAGCUCGUUGGUGCCACUAUGAACAGCGUGUCCGCGCCAAUGCCCAACUUUGCCGAUAUGGCGGCCGUCAGUAGCACGCCCUUUGGAAAUGGCAUGAAUGGCAGCGCAUCGGCAGCAAUGUCUUCCCCCAGUCCAUUCCAGACUGGCGCCAUGGCUACCUCACAGCCUGCACCAUUUGGCGAUGUCUCUGCCAAUAACCCGUUCCGCCAGUCAAUGUUCCCGCAAAACGAUGUACAGGCACAAGCCAUUACCAACCAAAUGGCGCAAAUGGGCUUCCAGCAGCAACAAAUGCCAAACGCCGCAAACACGAUCAGCAGCAUGCCGACACAAUUCCAGCAGCAGCAGCAGCAGCAGCAGCAGCAGCAACAACAACAACCACUACCAUCACAGCAGUCGCAGAUGUCGUACAACCCGUUCACGCAGCGGCAGACCAUGUUUGUUAGCGACCAGAAUACCCACCAGCAUGGUGCAAUCCCGGACUUUGGCUCGCCAUUUGGAAGCACCACCAAUACAGGCAUGGCUGCGGGUAGCAUGCAGACCAGUACCUCCCUCUUUGCUACUAGCGCCAAUACGUCCGCAGUAUCGCCAUUCGGGAACAUGGGCGGCGCUGCGACCGCCCAGCAGCAGCAGCAGCAGCCGGUACCAGCGAGUUCUGCAUCACAGCUGCAGAACCACAUCAACAAUGGCAAUUUUGCUGACUUUGACUUUUUCAAAUAAUAUGCCACACUUCAUGGCACCAUGCCUCUUUCUAGCACAGCACGGUCUGCUGAUAGUGCUAUCAUAGGACUGAGGAGCCAGCUCCCGGUCCCUCCAAUUGCUUCUUGCGAUGCGGCGAUACCAUGCGGAGAGCUGUUG